GUAGUCGGACAUACACAUACUCACUCCUGUAAAGAAGACACCCAAUGAAUGCCAAAAGUCGCUCAACAGUACUGGCGAUCCACUGGGCACCAACGCUUUUCCAUUACACUGCCCGGCCAACCAGUCAACCCCACCCCACACGCGCAUUUCGUCUUACGCUUCGCAUCGCUUCUCUCUUCUCUCUUCCCUUCACUUCCACAUUCCAGAAGCUCCGGACAUGGCUGGUGCUGAUUCUGCCUCACUCCAUCAGCCCGCUCCCAAGCCUUCCAAGCCCUUCGCCUGCAGAAAAACCAACGUCUACACCCUCGUCGUCAUCCUCUGCGUCAUCUCUUACCUCCUCGGCUCCUAUCAGAAGGGAGGAGCACUCACCUCCACCGCCACGAUCACCACCACCAACGUCCUCAAUGUCCCGUGCCCCAAAACCUCCUCCUCAGGGAACCACCGCCUCGACUUCUCCUCCCACCAUAACGCCACCGGUCUGGCGGCCGAGGGAAGCGAGGUGAAAUAUUACCCCCGGUGCGGCGUGGAGUACAGCGAGUACACGCCGUGCGAGGAUCAUGCCAGGUCGCUGAGGUACAGGAGGACCAGGAUGAUAUACAGGGAGAGGCACUGCCCGGAGCGACAGAAGGGGGAGAUACUGAAGUGCCGGAUUCCGGCGCCGUCGGGGUACCGGAAUCCUUUCCCCUGGCCGAAGAGCCGGGAUCUGGCGUGGUUCGCGAACGUGCCUCACAGGGAGCUGACGGUCGAGAAAGCGGUCCAGAACUGGAUCCGGUUCGAGGGGGACCGGUUCCGGUUCCCUGGGGGUGGAACCAUGUUCCCGAAAGGAGCGGACGCAUAUAUUGACAACAUCGGAAAGUUGAUUAAUCUCCGGGAUGGCUCCAUUAGGACUGCGAUUGACACUGGCUGUGGGGUGGCUAGCUGGGGAGCCUAUCUUCUUUCUCGUGACGUCAUAACAAUGUCAAUAGCACCAAGAGAUACGCAUGAAGCACAAGUACAGUUUGCUCUUGAGCGAGGAGUUCCUGCAUUGAUUGGUGUGCUAGCCUCUAAGAGGCUGCCUUUCCCUUCUAGAGCUUUUGACAUGGCUCAUUGCUCUCGCUGCCUCAUCCGAUGGGCUGAAUAUGAUGGAGUUUAUCUCAAUGAAGUUGAUCGAUUGUUGAGACCUGGCGGGUUCUGGGUUCUAUCUGGGCCUCCGAUCAACUGGAAGAAACACUGGAAAGGAUGGGAAAGAACGAAGGAGGAUUUGAAUGAAGAGCAGACCAAGCUUGAGAAUGUAGCUAAAAGCCUUUGCUGGAAGAAGGUUGUGGAGAGGGGUGAUAUUGCCAUCUGGCAGAAGCCCAAAAACCAUUUGGAUUGCAAAGCCAAUCGUAAGCACACCCAAGAUCGCCCUUUCUGCCAGGCUGACGACCCUGACAAAGCCUGGUACACAGACAUGCAACCUUGUUUGAGUCCGCUGCCUGAAGUGUCUGGAAGAGAAGAAACUGCAGGAAGGGCAUUGAAAACUUGGCCUAAGAGAUUAAAUGCCAUCCCGCCAAGGAUAUCCACAGGAACCGUUGAAGGAGUUACGGCUGAAACAUUCAAGAAAGAUUCAGAGUUGUGGAGGAAAAGGUUGUCAUAUUACAAGAAAGUGAACAGCCAGCUAGGAAAACCUGGGAGAUACCGGAACCUUCUCGACAUGAAUGCCUACUUGGGUGGAUUUGCUGCUGCGCUUGUUGAUGAUCCAGUUUGGGUGAUGAAUGUGGUUCCUGUCCUGGCUCAGGUUAACACACUUGGAGUAAUAUAUGAACGAGGAUUAAUUGGAACAUACCAAGAUUGGUGUGAAGCAAUGUCUACUUAUCCUAGAACUUACGACCUGAUUCAUGCAGACUCCGUAUUCAGCCUUUACAACAACAGAUGUGAGAUGGAAGACAUAGUGUUAGAGAUGGAUAGGAUGCUUAGGCCAGAAGGAAGCGUGAUAAUUAGGGAUGACGUGGAUGUGUUGCUCAAAUUAAAGAGGAUCGUCAGUGGAAUGGAAUGGGGCUAUCAAAUUGUGGACCAUGAAGAUGGCCCUCUUCAUAGGCACAAGCUCCUUUUUGCUGUCAAGAAGUAUUGGACUGCCUCUUCUCCUUCUCGCCAUCGCUAAUUCUUUCACUCUUAAUUUUCUCUUUUCUAUAUAUCUCCUCUCUUCUUAUUUAUUCCUCUUCCUCUCUCUCUCUCUCUGUGGAAUCAAGAAACAAAAAAAAAUUUGUGAUGACAAAAAAAAAAAAACCUAAUUCAGUUUAAAUGUGCAGUUCUUUUUCUAGUAUGAUCAUUGAUAAAGAUGCUUUUGUUUUA